CAUAGGAGUGAUGCGCCUCGCUUUCCAUGCCUUCACUGCAACCGUUACAGUGGCGUAAACGCCUUCAAGCGGAAAGACCAUCUAGAGUCACAUUUACGCAGUUUCCAUGGGAUUGGCGUCACUAGUGUAGGAUAUUCCUGCCAUCAUAUGGAUUGUAAGGAAUUCCGCCUAGAUCGACUCCAUCCAGACUUUAAAGGGCAUGCAUUCAAUACUUCUUCAGAAUAUGCCAGGCAUAUGAGGCAUAUACAUGACGAGUCUCCAUACCCUUGUCCUAUUAAUGGAUGUAGUCGAGUUGGUGGAUACUUUUCAAAGAAAUCGUUGGUACAGCAUGUUAAAAAAGAGCAUCCUGAGGCGAACCUCGAUUUCGAAACGAUAGUACCGCUAUUUCAAUCACAGUCCCGAAACUAG